GCCGUUUUUCAACAUUCCUUAUUCCUUUCUACAAAAAUAGAAUUCAAGGUUCAAAAUAUCACGAAACUUAUUUUCUUCCAAAAAAUAGAUUCAAAAUUAAAACUAAAGAAUAACAAAUAUGAAAAUAAGGGCUUCUGUUCGUCAAAUUUGUGAAAAAUGUCGACUGAUUCGCCGACGGGGACGAAUUAUAGUAAUUUGUUCUAACCCAAAACAUAAACAACGACAAGGAUAAUCAUUCUACUAAACUAUAUACUAAUGAUCUUUCUAAAAUACUAAAAUAAUUGCUAAAAUAUUUUAUUGCUGAAAAAAAAUGACGGAUUUGUUUUGACAUGAAAUGGAUAUAUCCAUAUAUCUUUGAAUCAUAUUUAUGAGAUGAUAAAAUAUGGCAAAACCUAUACCAAAAACAGGUUCACGGAGAAAUGGACGUAUUAAUUCGCGUAAAAGUGCACGGAAAAUACCAAAGGGUGUUAUUCAUGUUCAAGCAAGUUUCAAUAAUACCAUUGUGACUGUUACAGAUGUACGAGGUCGAGUGGUUUCUUGGGCUUCUGCCGGUACUUGUGGAUUCAGGGGUACAAAAAGAGGGACACCUUUUGCAGCUCAAACCGCAGUAGGAAAUGCUAUUCGUACAGUAGUGGAACAAGGUAUGCAACGAGCAGAAGUCAUGAUAAAAGGUCCCGGUCUCGGAAGAGAUGCAGCAUUACGGGCUAUUCGUAGAAGCGGUAUACUAUUAAGUUUCGUACGAGACGUAACCCCUAUGCCACAUAAUGGCUGUAGACCUCCUAAAAAAAGACGCGUGUAG